AUGACAGAUCAAGAAAAGAAACCACAUAUUUAUGAAGAAUCCUCUCAAUACCAACAUUGGAGGUUUUCGCCCAAACAACUCUGGGAUAUACGUCAUGCCAGUACUGCAGAAGCCGUUCAUCGCGUACAAAGAAACGUGCAGGAAGAAUUAGCAGAGGAUAGCUCCAAGCAGAAGGGUGAUCGAGUGUAUCUCACUGCACAAGAAGAACUCUCGCUCUGUCGUUUCUUUGAAAUGCAACUGCAAGUCAUGAGUCGUCAUUGUAAAUUCACAGAUAUGGUCAUGGCCACAGCAGUUAUUUACAUGAAGCGGUUCUUUUUACACAACACUGUCAUGGAUUACCAUCCCAAGGACAUUUUCUUGACGUGCUUGUUUUUGGCGACAAAAUCAGAGAGUGAGCGCAUCUCGAUUGACGACUUUGGUAAAAACCUACGCUUGCCUUCCACCAAGGGCGUACUAGAUCUCGAAUUCACGGUCUCACAGGGACUGAAAUUCCAGUACUACAUUCAUCACCCGUAUCGACCUGCUUACGGUUUCUUUCUGGACAUGCAAACAGGGCCUACGGAUAUCAAACUGUUAAAGGAAACAUACAAGAAAGUCAAUACGACGAUAGCCGAGAUCCUAUUGACGGAUUUACCCUUGAUCUAUCAACCGACACAAUUGGCUUUGGCCGCCUACAUGAUUGCAGGUGAGGUCAAUGGAUUUGAUGCCCAGGUGAAACGAUACAUUCAGGAUAGGUUUGGAGAGGCAGAUGCUUCCCAUUUAUUAAACAUCAUUCAAAGUAUCAUCGGAGCCUUCAAGAUUGUGAAUAAAGUCACACAGUUGGAAGCUAAAGAGAUCGAUCUUAAAUUAAAGCAUUGUAUGAAUCCUGCCAUGGAUCCCAAUUCUGCCAUGUAAGUCCACAUUAUGUAAUUAACCCUUCUUCUUUUUAUUUUAUUGUUAACGCUGUGUACAUAUAUAUAUAAAAAAAGCUACAAGAAACGUUUGGCAGAAAGAGAGGAAGAAACAAAAAAGAA